GCAGAUCACUAUUCGAUCAUCUGGUGGACUCUCAGAAGAUGAGAUAGACAAGAUGGUUAAGGAAGCUGAGUUGCAUGCCCAGAGGGAUCAGGAGCGGAAGGCACUGAUUGAUAUCAGGAACAGUGCAGACACUACCAUAUACAGUAUUGAAAAGAGCUUGAAUGAGUACAGGGACAAGGUCCCCAAGGAGGUGGCUACAGAAAUUGAAACAGCUGUUUCUGAUUUGAGAACGGCAAUGGGAGGUGAUAACGUUGAUGAAAUCAAAUCGAAGCUUGAUGUAGCAAACAAGGCUGUUUCUAAGAUUGGACAGCAUAUGGCUGGUGGUGCCGGAGGUGCGACUGAAGGUGGCUCUGAAGGAGGUUCUCAAGGGGGAGCCCCUGAGGCCGAGUAUGAGGAAGUGAAGAAGUAGAAUUUCUUGGGGAACACUGAGGAUGGCAUAUUGGAGUUGUUUUUGAGACUCAUUCUUUUUUUUGAAAUGAAAUUUUCUCCCCUAGCAUUCUGUAACUAGAAAGUUGAUUUGAACUGCUUAUGCCUGUGAUUUUUUUGUUCUCCAAGUCGAGAGACGAGACCAACCUUUACCAUGAUUAGCCAAUAGUAGAAUUUUUGUGAACGCAUUCACAAGUGAAAAGGAACCAUGCUGUUUGUUGUCAAAUAAAUCACUUAAUUGGAAAUAUGCUGCUUCCCUUGUC